UGAAAAAAUCACAAUCGCAACUUGAGCUAAUCUAUUGAACCUCCCACAGAUACAAAGUCUCUUUCGAUUCUCGCGGUUACUCUUCACCAAGGAGACGUUUGGGAAUUCUAUGUGGCACAAUAAUAGAUUCCACGUGUUUCCUCCGAAAAUGGUCAGAAGAUUCAGCGUUCUAACCGCUUUUAUACUAACGAAUAUCUGGGCUACUUUGUUGUAUGCUGCUUUGUUUGUGUCACCACGUCACAUGGCACCAUGGCUGUGGGUCCAAUUGUUGACACUCGCUUGUCAUCUGGUAGCGUCGUUUAUGAAAUCUAUGCUGGGGAGUAUGAAAGGUAACCGAACUCGGACCACAAUCUAUCUGACCGUGUAUGUGGUGAACAUAUGGCUUGUCUAUCAGUCCAAGAUGGCGUUUACCAUAGCCCUAAAGCAGGAUACUCCAGAAAAGCUGAUGCUCUGUUCGCGAUACAUACACCCUUUACUAAGCUAUUUUAAUGGCAUACUAAUGUAAUAGCUGAAGGUGUUAUUUUCGUUGAAUUAUACUAUGUAUACACUCCCAUAGCUUUU